AAGAAAAAGCCAAAAAUUAGAACAAAUUAAGCUCAUUGGCUAAAACACCUUUAUAUUCAAGUUUCGCGGCAACGCCAACCUCUCUCUCUCUCUCUUUUUUUUUUUUUAAUAUCUAUCUCUUUUUGUUCGGUAAACUUUCUUUCUUUCUCUCUCUAAAACCCUUUGUUUGUCUUCAUGGUUUAGACUCAGAUCGAACAUGGCCGGAAAUUGUUAGAUAGAAUUGAUGGCCCCAACAAGAAAAUCUAAAAGUGUGAACAAACAAUAUUCAAGUAUAUAUGAAGUCUCUCCUGAUAAAGAUGCUGGGAAUUCAAGAAAAAGUAAGCCAAAGAAGAAAUUAGCUGACAAGUUAGGAUCUCAAUGGAGCAAGGCCGAGAUUGAGCGAUUUUAUAAAGCUUAUAGAGAGUAUGGGAAAGAUUGGAAGAAGGUGGCUGCUGCUGUGCGUAAUAGAACCACUGAAAUGGUGGAGGCCCUUUACACUAUGAACCGGGCAUAUUUAUCCCUGCCAGAUGGAACAGCUUCUGUGAUUGGCCUUAUAGCAAUGAUGACCGACCACUACACUGUCCUGGGGGGGAGUGAUGAUGAAAGAGAGAGCAAUGAGCCAUCUGAAAUACCUCAGAAAGCUCAAAAGCGCAAGCGGGCAAAGGUUCAUCUUGGGUCCUCAAAAGAGGAUGGUUUUCAGCCCCAACCAAUUGCAUCUGGUCAGGGAUGCUUGUCUUUGUUGAAAAGGGCAGGCCUUAAUGGUAUUCAUCCUCGUGCAGUUCGGAAAAGGACUCCUCGGGUCCCUGUUUCAUAUUCAUAUAGGAGAGAUGACACUGAAAGUUACAUUCCACCAAGCAAAAGAGCCAAGAAGUCAGGGGUUGAUGAUAAUGAUGAUGAACAUGCCGCCGCAUUGACAUUGACAGGAGCAUUGCAAAAGGGAAGCUCCCCUCAGUUUUCCCAGACACCUUAUAAAAGAGCUGACUGCAGAAGAUCCUCAUCUGUUCAGAGCUAUGAUAGGAUGUUGCGACAAUCAGAGACAACAAAGGCCAAGCUUCGUGAUUCUUCCUAUGAAUGCUGGACAGAAGACAGGCAUGGGGGCACAGAACCUGUAAUUGGAACUUAUUCCAGAGAUACUGGCCACUUGAUGGAUAUGGAAGGUGUUGGUACUGUUGAAGUUCAUCAAAAGGGGAAAAAAUUUUACAGGAAGAAAAUUGAAGUUGAAGAGAUGAAGAACAAUCUGUCUGAUGAUGGCCAAGAAGCGUGUAGCGGCACUGAAGAAGGAAUUAUAGGUAGUGCUCUCGAAGGGAAAGUUGAUAUGGAGAUUUCCAGUGCAAAAAAUGAACUUUCACCAUGGAGUCAGGGGAAGAGAAACGGGAAGCUUGUCUUUGGAGAAGAAAGCUCUUCCCUAGAUGGUUUGCUGACAUUAGCCAAUUUGUCUACAUCAAUGUUGCCAAUAUCAAUAAUGGAAUCUGAAUCAUCUGUCAAAUUGAAAGAGGACAGAAUUACACUUGAAACUGAUGACAAGUCUAGUGUACCUGAAGCUGCACCUAUAAGUCAUCACAGAGAUAAAAUGAAGCACCUCGGGCCAAAAGAAAAGCUGCUCAACUUAAUGAAUGGAGCUGAAGAUGCUUCCUCUAGAGAAUCAAAAGUUGGGAGGUAUUCAGCUGUGGAUGACAAUGUCGCUUCUAAACCAAAACAACAGCCAGAACCUCCCAAUAACUUGUGGAAAAGAAAACGCAAAUCCUUCAGUUCAGAGAUUUCAAAUGCAGAAGCUCCAAUGGAUUCUCUUUCGAGAAAAUCUUUAGAGAAUGGGGGCAUGGCUGAAGAAGAGAACAAAUAUCUCUCUAAAGGUAAAUGUGGUGCUCAAUCUUCUGUUCAAUCAAGACAAUGGAAAUCAUUCAGAGUGCCAGAGGAUUCCCCCACUAAUAAUCCAAAAAUGGCUGGAAUUGGUUCAGUGGUGUCAACUUCAAAAGUUCCUGCUCCAAACCCUUCUAUCUUACCAACUAAGCAUCAAAGUAGACGUAAAAUAAACCUGAAGAGAGCUUUAUUUUCAACUGAUAUAAAUUCUUCCAAGUACACAUUUAAGAAUCAACCAAACAAGCAUUCUCUUUCACAAGACAGACUAAAGGAAAAGCUCUCUUCCUGCCUAUCAUCUAAUCUGGCACGAAGAUGGUGCUCUUUUGAAUGGUUUUACAGUGCCAUUGAUUAUGCAUGGUUUGCUAAAAGGGAGUUUGUGGAGUACUUAAAUCAUGUCGGAUUGGGUCACAUUCCAAGGCUUACUCGUGUUGAGUGGGGUGUCAUAAGAAGUUCCCUUGGCAAACCUAGGAGGUUUUCUGAACGCUUUUUACAUGAAGAGAGGGAAAAACUUAAACAGUAUCGAGAGUCUGUGAGACAACAUUAUACUCAACUUCGCAUUGGUGCUAGGGAAGGACUUGCAACAGAUUUGGCACGUCCUUUAUCAGUUGGACAACGAGUAAUUGCCAUUCAUCCCAAAACAAGGGAAGUUCAUGAUGGAAAAGUACUUACUGUGGAUCAUGACAGGUGCAGGGUUCAGUUUGACAAUCCUGAACUAGGAGUUGAAUUUGUCAUGGAUGUUGAUUGUAUGCCACUAAAUCCAUCGGAAAAUAUGCCAGAAACUCUUAGGAGACAAAACCUUGCUUUUGAUAAAUUCUCUAUGACACCUGAAGAGUCUCAAGUGAAUGGAAAUUUAGAUUUUGGUGGGUCCGUGGUAUUCACUUCAAGUGGGCGUCCAGAGAAUGCAACCAGCUCUGUAAACAUUUUGGCAAAUCCGAUAAAGGUGGAUGCAAAACGUAACACUUUGCAGGCUAAGGCAGCUGUUCCUAAUGUCCUUACUGCACAUCAAGCAGCCUAUGGUCAACCCCUUACCAUGGCACAUAUCCAAGGGAGGGAAGCUGAUAUACGCGCUAUGUCUGAAUUGAACCGUGCUCUGGACAAAAAGGAAGCUUUAUUGACAGAGCUCAGAAAUACAAACAACGACGUAUUAGAAAACCGAAAUGGAGAGAGUUGUUUAAAAGCUUCUGAACCUUUCAAGAAGCAUAUUUCCACGGCACUUGUAAAGCUAAAGGAAGCUAGUGGCCAGGAUUCUUCUGCUUUACUGAACUUCAGACAACGUGAUACUUCCCCGGCAAGCCCAGUGUCACCUUGGCAGAAGCCCCCAACUAAUUCCAAUUUCUUCGGUGGCUUGACAAGUUCUGUUGAUGGUUCUCUUGUUUUACCAGAAGCAGGACCUGUAGUGGGUGAAAUUGUCAAAGGCUCAAGAUUAAGAGCGCAUGCCAUGGUGGAUGCUGCUAUCAAGGCCGUGUCAUCUAUGAAGGAAGGCGAAGAUGCAUUUAUGAGGAUUGGAGAAGCUUUGGACACUGUAGAUCAAAAGCAAUUUACAUCUGAGAUUAGGAAGCCCGUGAUCAAGUCACGAGAGCAGGAGAAUGGCAGUACUGAUUCUCACAAUCACUUGGUUACAUCGAAACCCAUGGCUGCCGUUUGGCCUCCUAAUCCCAAGUUACAGGAGUCUUCUGAAAAAGACGACGAACAAGUUCCUUCGGAGCUUAUCACAUCAUGUGUUGCUACUCUGCUCAUGAUACUGAGAUGUACAGAGCGACAAUAUCCCCCAGCCGAUGUGGCUCAAAUCAUUGAUUCGGCUGUUACAAGCUUGCAUCCAUGCUGUCCCCAGAACCUGCCUAUAUUCCGAGAAAUACAAAUGUGCAUGGGCAAAAUUAAGACUCAAAUAUUAGCUUUGAUCCCAACUUUAACAUGAUGCUUUGUUUUCUUCCCUUUUUACCAAAUAUGUUGGAAUCCAGGUUCCUAGCAUAAUUCUUUCAAGUUUUUUCUCCUAGUUAAUUGAUGAGACAAAACCAAAUGUGAGGUUUUGGCUUGCUUGGGUAUUUUAACACAUUUUAUACAUAAAUAGCAUGGAGUUAAAACAAUGUUAGGGGAAAACCAUAAGCAGAAAUGCCAUAUGAGAUCAGAUAAUAUUUCAAAUUUCUCCCUA